AUGUCGUCUCCGCGUGCUCUUGAUAGUACACGUUUACUUUCCUGCCGAAACUCAGUACUCAGUCCUACAAAAUGCCAAGCCUACUGUGGGAUGUUCACUCCUGAGGAAGGAGACGUCGGAGCUAUUACUGCACUCACAAAGUGCGUUAUUUGUGGAUGCUAUGCAGCUUCACAUCUUCACCCAGUCCAGGAGCGUGAUAGUGCCCAAAAUGUGGAGAAUAAGCCAGAAAAUAUUUCAAGUGAUGCGUCUACUCAGCCUUCAGGGAGUUUCCCUGAAACUAAAAAAAGCCAACUACCAUUUUCCAAGGAUGCGAAGCCCUUCCCUUCUGGUUCUGCAACUGCGAGUCGAAUUUUUGGAUCCCGUACAGAUUCAAAGAUUCCGGCAGAGAAUUUUUCUGCCUCACCGUUUCGAGAUCAUGUGACUCGUCGUAAGGAACGACGGGACAAUGCCCAGGCUGAGACUGAUUCUACACUAGCCUCUUCCGAAGCUACAAGUGAAAGUAGAAAGAGGCGUUUUGAACCUGCGGAGAUUGAACGCAAAGAACGAUUUGAAGAUAUCACUGGACGUGGACGGCCCAAAAAGAAAAAGAAACCACAGAAAUCAUCAACUGGCCCUAUUCCUCGGGCUACUUCUUCAAAAUCUUCGAAACAAGUGACGUUCCACAUUGGUCUCUACGGUAAGACCAGUGAUUUGGCCGCUGGAAAGGCCAAAAGACCAACUCCGGCAGAGUUCCAAUUCAUGCAGUACUCAGGCCGUAUCCGGGCUGUCAUCAUCAACGAAAAUGCUUCUCAUGAUGAUAUCUGUAACGCCAUUGAAUUGAAGUUUGACGAGCUUUUGCCAACUACAGAUAUUGCAAGAUUUAGCCUCCUUCAGUGUGUUUUGAACGGUGGACAAGGAACUUUGGCAGCUCUAAGACCCUCCCCACUUACUUUGUUUACGGUUAAGGAUCUUGAAUUUGCAUGUCUAUUCACUAGACCGAAAGGGAUUCCAGCGAAAGCAUAUCCGAAUUUCCUUUAUAUAUCACUUCCAGCCGGUUCGGAAGAUCUUGAUAGCCUCAAUCCUGAGGGAGAUGUGAAGACAAAUGGAUCAAGUCAAAAAUCGAAAUCCAAAGCUAAGAGCAAGGCUCGCCAAGUCAACACUGAGAGCGACGAAGAAAGUGGGCUUUCUGGUAAAGGCGACGAUGAAGAUGACAAUGAAGAUGAAGAUGACACGGCCAAGCAAAAAACUGAAUUGGAGCAGGAUGGGACUACGUCAGAGCCUUUGUCUUUGUGGACGGUCGAAUUUGAUUGCCUUGUCCGGAUUCUCUACAACAUGACGGGGGAUAAAGGUUUUGAAUAUCCUUGGUGGACGCCGGUAACAAAGCACCAUGAACAAUACCGAUCAUUUGCUUCGACUGCUGCGCGGCUGAAAUUAUGGCUUCGACGUAUUACCAAAAAUGACUUGGAUGAUUUUGUUUUCCAGCACGUUGUUGGAAUUAUCCGCCAUGAUAUUCUUACUGCUUGUGAAGGUCUUCAGGCUCUCUAUGCUUCUCAAUCAUCAUGGAGCUCGGCAGAUCAUCGCCAAUUUCUUGAUCUAUUCUCUCUCGGACCCGGAGGCCUGGACCUUGUCGUUGAAUGUCUCCAAAUCCUCUAUGAUGAGUUCCAGGUUGUGGACCUGGGGAUACUUACACGGCUUGCUCGUGACUACACAGAUGUGUAUGAGGGUGUCCGGCGUCUCCCAAAGAUGCUAUUAUCUUUGGUUCACCUGUUUAGAGCUAAGAACUCACGAUAUUUAUGGGAUCCUAAAGAUGGCUUUUCGGAGUUUUUGAUUAUACUGGGAAAGUAUCGUGGCCAGUUACCGAUCAGUGCGCCAGAAUCUAAGUUUCAUCUUGACUUGUCGCGCCUUGAUCUCAAUGGAUUCUCUGUGUAUGAUAUCCACGAGACUCUUGUGCAAGCUUUUGGUAGUGUCCAUGACAGCGCCGAACUCCGUCCUGAUGUGCUUUGCAGUGGCGAGCAUGGUUUGGAUGGGUUUCAUUCAAACUUUAUUACAGUUUUACUAGACUCCAUGGACACAACGAGAAGAGAAUACAAGAAGAUCUAUGAUCUCUUUGGGGGUCUCUGCCAGGCUAUUGCUGACAGACUUGUCUUCGACUUUGCAAUGCGUACUUCAUGUCCACCCACGGCGUCGGGACCCAAGAACACUUCAAGUGAGCGGGCACAUUCUGCAUCCACUUCCACUUCUGCAUCCUCAUCUUCAACUGCUGAACCAGCUCCUUCUGCAUCCUCAUCUUCAACAGCUGAACCAGCUCCUUCUGCCGCUGUUCCAGCAUAUAGUGCGCGUGUCAAGGCAGCCCAGACUUUUGCGAAACGUGUAUCUGGUUUUACCUGGGCAAAUUUUCUUCGAGACCUUCUUCGAGAUUGGCCUCACCCACAACUAUCAAAGCGGAUUGAUAUUGUGUCUUUCCGUAAACUUCCUCUUCAAAAGCAAUAUCGGAAGUUAUAUCUUGUAUACCACCCCGACGCCAAUGUGAAAGAAUCCUCAGAUUGGAAGAUGAUCACAUCGAUUCUUGCCCAGGCUAUUGGGACAGCCCGCAGUAAUAAUUGA